GUUUUUUUGCUACUCAAAAAAAAGAUUUGUAUUAAUAUUUAAUAUGGCCACAAAAAGAAAGUAUCACAGGAUUGUUGUUGAGGAUUAAAAGCCUAAUCCUAAUGUCAUUAGAGUAGCUACAAAAGCUUAAUUGUCAAGCCAAGUCAGAAAAGCUUUGUGGCUUUUGUAAGGUCCUCGUAGAGAAGAUCAACCUCCCGUUGAAGAUACUAUCUUCAUCACAGCUAUUGAAAAUGCCAUCUCCAAAGCCGUCAUCAUUGCUGAUGUUGUUAGAAAAAGAAUUGCUGGAUUAUAUUAAAUAAACAAAAUCUAGGCUGUUCAGAUUAAUGAAGAAUACGAACCAUUAGAGGAAGGAUUAGUCAAAGUCAGUGUCACUAAAAAUUUGGCUUCCCUCCAAAUCAAACUAACCAAGACACCAACUGAAUAAGACAGAAAAGAGCCUGGAUUCCUUGAACCCUUACCUGCUGAUCAAGUCCAACCAACCAGAGAAAGAAAUGACAGAUAAAGAAGUGGAAGCAGAAAACCAAGAAAUGACAGCUAAAGAAAUAAAGGAGAAAGAAGAGAUAAUAGGGAUAAUAGAGAUAAUAGAGAUCAUAGAGAUAAUAGAGACAAUAGAGAUAAUAGAGAUAAUAGAGAUCAUAGAGAUAAUAGAGAUAACAGAGACAAUAGAGACAAUAGAGAUAGAAGAGAUAAUAGAGACAGAAGAGAUAAUAGAGAUAACAGAGAUAAUAGAGAUAAUAGAGAUAAUAGAGACAGAAGAGAUAACAGAGAUAAUAGAGAUAAUAGAGACAGAAGAGAUUACAGAGACAACAGAGAUAACAGAGAUAAUAGAGAUAACAGAGAUAAUAGAGACAACAGAAAUUAAAGAGAUAAUAGAGAAGAAAGAGAUGCUAAAAGAGAUGAUAGAAGAAAUAACAACACAAGUGGAAACAACAAUCAAUCGAACGGGGCCAAUGAAAAACCUGCAGGAUAAAAAACAAGAGGAGGUCCAAGACCAGCUUAAUAAGCUUGA